CCUUUUAUGCACACUCAAAAAUUCCCUUCAUCAACAUUCCGAACAAAAUAAAAUUCCUCAUUCUCUUGUCAUCUUACACUUCCACUCCCAAUUGAACAUUUUAACCAAAUGAACCGUGCGGACCAUCAACUCAUUGACCAAGACGACGGUUUUAGUCUAGACAGCCCGUUCAACACAGCGCUUCCAGAGGUCAACAAACGGGCAGACCUGAGCGGAAGCAUAGGGGGACGCAUGGGCAGCAGCAACCCGCCACCUGCCACAGGCAAUCCUGCAGCAGCGGCCGUUGGGCCUCAGUCUGUAUACACGUCAAAUGCACUGCCGGGCGGCUACCACACAAACACUCUGGACGAACCCAUCCUGACAACCAUCGGGAGAGAUUUUAGCAAAGUGGGGCGCAAAACCGUUCAGGUGCUCUACCCUAAGGGCCGCACCGACGCCCUGCACGAGUGGGAUCUUUGGGGUCCCCUGUUCUUCUGUCUCUCCUUGGCUAUCACCAUGAGUCUCCUGUCUACCGAUCAACAGGCAUCGGCGGUGUUUACCGGCGUGUUUGCCCUGGUCUGUAUUGGCUCAUGCGUGGUCACUUUUAAUUGCAAGUUGCUUGGCGGGCAUGUGUCGUUUUUCCAGAGCGUGUGCACUUUGGGAUACUGCAUUUCUCCCAUGACCAUUGCCUCGUUGAUUUCGCUUCUGGUGAAGAGCAUCAUUGUGACACUUCCCGUGGUUGUCGUGGCUGUCGGGUGGAGCAUAUCAGCAGCCGUCGGGUUUUUGGCUGGCGCGCAGCUUGCCAAUCGUCGCUUGUUGGCAGUGUACCCGAUUUGUCUGUUCUACAUUUGCAUCGGCUGGAUCAUCAUCAUUUCGUGAAUCGUUGGAGC